AUGGCGGAGGUGGGAGAGUGUGGGAAGAUCACAUUGGAUACAGGCCUCUGUGCCAUGCCUUUUGACUGCGUGAGACUGGGAGCAGAGCCCGUUCUUGAGACGACUGGUGGUGAUCGGAGAGUCCAGAAAACAGUUGCUCACUCCUCAGAGCUUCACUGGCUAAGGGAGGAAGAGCACAUUCCCUGCUCCCAGCCAGGACACUUGCUGGAGAGCGAAUGGAAAGGUCUUCUCGCCAAUCUCUCUGCACUAGUGACGACCACCAGCACCACCAGCACCAGCACCACCAGAAACACCAGCAGCAGCACCAGCACCAGCACCACCAGCAAUCAGAACCACCAGCACCACUACCACCAGCACAGCACCAGCACCAGUACCACCAGCAGCAGAACCACCAGGAGCAGCACCACCAGCACCACCAGUAGCAGCACCACCAGCAGCAGCACCAUCAGCACCACCAGAACCAUCAGCAGCACCACCAGCACCAUCACCAGCAAAACCAGCACCAGCACCACCAGCAGCACCAGCACCAGCACCAGCAUAAGCACCACCAUCAAAACCAGCAGCACAACCAGCAGCACACCCCCAGCAGCAGCACCAGCCGGAAGCAGCACCACCAGGAGCAGCACCACCAGCAGCAGACCCACCAGAACCAUCACCAGCACCACCAGCACCAGCACCACCAUCACCAGCAGCAGGACCAGCAGCAGCCACCAGUCGCACCACAAGCACCUCCAACAGCACCAGUACCACAAGCACCAGCAGAACUACCUUCACCAGCACCACCAGCACAACGAUCAGCAGCAGAGCCACCAGCAGGAGCACCAGUACUUCCAACAGCAUCAACAUCAGCAUUACGAGCUGCACACCACCAGCACCAGCACCACCAUCACCUGCAGCAGGACCAGCAGCAGCAGCACCACCAGCACCACCCACCAGUACCACAAGCACCAGCAGAACCACCUUCCCCAGCACCACCAGCACAAGGAUCAGCAGCAGAGCCACCAGCAGGAGCACCAGCGAAGCAGCACCACCACAAACAACAGCACCUGCAGCAACAUCAGUAGCACCAGCUCCAGCACCAGCACACCAGCAGCAGCACCACUAGGAGGAGCACCAGCACCACCACUCCCACCAGCACCGUCAGAACCACACACAACAGCAGAACCAGCACCACCAGCACCACCACUACCAGCACCACCAACAACAACACGGGCACCAGCAACAGCACCACUACACCAGCACCAGCAGCACCACAAGCACCAGUACCAGUAG